GUCUGGGCUCCCAGCACACACCCAGACAGAACAGGCUCCUCCAGUGCCAGGAUGCCUGACCCUGCCUCCUGGACCCACCAGUCUCCUUGCCUGCUGCUGGCUUUACUGCUGGGACUCACAGGAGCAGCCGGUGAGGAGGAGCUGCAGGUGAUCCAGCCUGAAAAGUCCGUGUCGGUGGCACGAGAGACGGCCACUCUGCGCUGCUCCCUGACCUCCCUGCUCCCUGUGGGGACAGUCAGGUGGUUCAGGGGGUCGGGUCCAGGCCGGCACUUAGUCUACAGUUUCAAAGGAGUAAAAGACGAAGGCCCCUUCCCCCGAAUAACCAGUGUCUCAGAUGCCACAAUCAGAGACAACAAGGACUUUUCCAUCCGCAUCAGUAACAUCACCCCAGCAGACACUGGGGUCUACUACUGUGUGAAGUUCCAGAAAGGGAGCCCUGACACAGAAGUGAAGUCGGGACCAGGCACGCAGGUCACCGUGAGUGCCAAACCCUCUCGCCCUGUGGUAUCAGGGCCCACAGAGAGGACCACCCCUGGGCAGACGGUGACCUUCACCUGCCAGUCCCACGGCUUCUCCCCCAGAGACAUCAGCCUGAAGUGGUUCAAAAAUGGGAAUGACCUGCCAGCCCCCCGGCCCGACGUGGACCACCAAGGAGAGGCCGUUUCCUACAACGUCUCCAGCACAGCCACGGUGCAUCUGGCACCAAGGGACAUCCACUCCCAGGUCAUCUGCGAGGUGUCCCACGUCACCCUGCAGGGCGGCGGUCUUCGCGGGACAGCCAACUUGUCUGAGACCAUCCGAGUUCCACCCACCUUGGAGGUUUCCCAGUAUCCCGCGGCAGGAAACCAGGUGAAUGUCACCUGUCAGGUGAAGGAGUUCUACCCCCAGAACCUACAGCUGACCUGGUUGGAGAACGGACACGUGUCCCGAACAGAAAAGCCCUCGACUCUCCUGGAGAACAAGGAUGGGACCUUCACCUGCACGAGCUGCCUCCUGGUGAACACUUCUGCCAACAGGGGGAAUGUGGUGCUCACCUGCCAGGUGGAGCACGAUGGGCAGCCUUUGGUCUCCAAAGCUCUCACACCAGCGGCCUCUGCUCACCAGGGCAAGCAGGACACAGAGGUAUCUUCAGGCAAAGAGCAGUGGAUGCCUCUCCUCAUCACUCUUCUCCUGAGCUCAAAGGUGUUGCUACUGGUGGGUGUCCCUGCCUCCUACAUGCACAGGAAGCAGAGGCCUAACUCUUCACAUGGAAGUGUGUCAACACCUCGUCAUUUCACCACUGGUAUGAGCUUCCUCUUGUAUCACACAAGGGCCUCCUCUCCACAGAGCAGAUUCUGGGCUCCCAGCACACACCCGGACAGAGCAGGCUCCUCCAGUUCCAGGAUGCCUGCCCCUGCCUCCUGGACCCACCAGUCUCCUUGUCUGCUGCUGGCUUUACUGCUGGGACUCACAGGCGCGGCCAGCCAGGAGGAGCUGCAGGUGAUCCAGCCUGACAAGUCCGUGUCGGUGGCAGCCGGAGAGACGGCCACUCUGCGCUGCUCCCUGACCUCCCUGCUCCCUGUGGGGCAUAAUAAGUGGUUCAGGGGUUCGGGUCCAGGCCGGCAGUUAGUCUACAGUUUCAGAGGAGGAGAAGGCCCCUUCCCCCGAGUAACCCAAGUGUCAGAUGUCACAAUCAGAGACAACAAGGACUUUUCCAUCCGCAUCAGUAACAUCACCCCAGCAGACACUGAGGUCUACUAUUGUGUGAAGUUCCAGAAAGGGAGCCCUGACACAGAAGUGAAGUCGGGACCAGGCACGCAGGUCACCGUGAGUGCCAAACCCUCUCGCCCUGUGGUAUCGGGACCCACAGAGAGGGCCACCCCUGGGCAGACGGUGACCUUCACCUGCCAGUCCCACGGCUUCUCCCCCAGAGACAUCAGCCUGAAGUGGUUCAAAAAUGGGAAUGAGCUGCCAGCUCCCCGGCCCAACGUGGACCCCCCAGGAGAGGCCGUUUCCUACAGCGUCUCCAGCACAGCCACGGUGCAGCUGGCGCCGGGGGACAUCCGCUCCCAGGUCAUCUGCGAGGUGGCCCACAUCACCCUGCAGGGCGGCGGUCUUCGCGGGACAGCCAACCUGUCUGAGACCAUCCGAGUCCCGCCCACCUUGGAGGUUUCCCAGUAUCCCGCGGCAGGGAACCAGGUGAAUGUCACCUGCCAGGUGAAGGAGUUCUACCCCCGGAACCUACAGCUGACCUGGUUGGAGAACGGAAACGUGUCCCGAACAGAAAAGCCCUCGACUCUCCUGGAGAACAAGGAUGGGACCUUCACCUGCACGAGCUGGGUCCUGGUGAACGCUUCUGCCCUCAGGGGGAAUGUGGUGCUCACCUGCCAGGUGGAGCAUGACGGGCAGCCCGCGGUCUCCAAAGCCCUCACCCUGGCGGCCUCAGCUCACAAGGACAAGCAGGCCACACGUGUAACUUCAGGCAAAGAGCAGUCGAUGCCACUCCUCAUCGCUCUCCUCCUGGGCCCCAAGGUGCUGCUGCUGAUUGGUGUCUCUGCCUCCUACAUGCUCAGGAAGCAGAGGCCCUGACUAUUGAAGCUUUACCUGGUGCUUUGAAGUACAACUUCCCAAUAAGACUUUUAUCUUGUGUCCUCCCUCCAUCCGGGACAACACCCCUCGCCCUUCUAGCGUGGCCUGCAGAGCUACAUGUUGUGUCAAUUGGAGGUCUUGUUGUGCAAAAGAGUUUUCACUUUCUGAUCAAGUGUUGCUUCUUUGAUUCAUGCUUUUGAUCUAGCUACACUGAUCUGCUGUGUGUGCGUGUGUGGAAGGCGUAGUCAUGUUAUAAUUCUCCCACAAGGGUAAGUUACCCAGCACUCACUGAUCUUCACUGCCCCUUCACUUUAUAUCAAGUUUCUGUAGACACCUGUGGUUCUUUUUUGAGGACUUUGUGUCAUUGAGCUAAUCAUCUAAUAGUCUAAGCUACAUGGACAAGAAGAAUGGCCUUGUAAAAAAUUUUGAGACCACUUUGAGCAAAGUUUCCCACUUUUCUUAUCUAAAAUUGUCAUGAUUCUUUGGGUCCAAGUGAUCUUAGAAUCAUAUUCUCAAGUUUCAUGGAAGCUCAUUUAGAAUUAUUAUUUGAUCGCA